AUGGCAGACAUUGAGUUGGAGAGUGGAUCCGCGCAGUCCAAAUCGACCAGCGCACCGCAAGAGCGCCAUGGCUCCGUCGUCAUGGUCCAUGUUAUAGAGUUCUCUCGGAUUGCACUGGCCAUGGCUGGCUGCGCCGUGGCUUACGCCUACUCCACACAGGGGCACGUCGAGGAUGCUGCAAGGCUCCUACAGUUGGGCCUUUCCGUCGCGCUCAGUGGGACCUGCGCACUGGAAGGUAUUUGCUUCUACGAAACAGCAGCACGUCAAAAGGGGUAUGAUCGAGGGUUUGACUUCUCGAACGGACGAAAUCCAUAUGCCACGCAGAGCACGCUGUGGUUUGCAGCAAGCUGCCUCGUUGGCGUGGUUGCCUUCUUUGUGUACCCCCGGAAUCCCUCAGCGCAGAUCGUCCUUGCAACCCUCCAGCUCUUGUUCUUUCUGAUGUCGGCCCUGAACCAUGCGUAUGAAGCAGUAUCUCACGGCAAUUGGCGCUGGCAGAAUGUGAGUCGUCCCCUGCUGAGCGUGGCGAUGGUUGCGGGCGCA